ACAGUGUCAAUAAACAAUAACAUCGACUAACAUUUUUAUAAAAAAGUUUUACAAAUUAUUCAAAAUUCCCUGUUUUACUUGUACCAUUAUUCUUAUCGUAUUCGCUCUGUUCGUCGCAUACAAAAUGGAGCCGCAGUUCGAUAAACUUAUAAAAGCUGGUAAAAAUUCCAUAGACGGUGUCGUACAAUGGAUGAAAGAUGCAAAAAUUAUAGACGGUGUAAAACUAACGGAAGAGAAAGCUCGGGACGUGUUCAAAGACGUGACGGACCCUAACAACAUUAACAUAGACACGUUCAAAGAAGGUCUCACUAAACUGGCCACACAACAGCAUAAGAACUUCGAGGAGUUUACCAAAACCCUUACUACGGAAGCUCCGAGGUUCCUAGACGCGUUACAAGCCGGCGCUAGUGCUUUUAAAAAUGCUUUAUCAGGAAAGUAAAAACACGUCGAACUAAAACAAAAUAAUUGGACACUAAGUGGGACUUAACGACCUACCGAAAUUAGAAAGUUUUAACUCAAAAUAUUACUUAUAAAAUGUUAGUCUAUGUUAAUAUACAACGAUGAGAAAACAAUU